AACUUUUAAACAAUUAAUAGAAUUAAUUUAUCUAAUAAAACAACAACAAAUAAAAAUACACAGACAAAAUGAGUUUUGCGGAAAAAAUUACCAGUUUAAUGGCCAGGCCUAAUCAACAGCCUGGACCCACAGACGACCAGCCUUGGUAUUUUAAAUAUGGUGUGCGGUUUCUUGGUAUCACAGGAGCAUUCUUUUGUAUAUUAUUUGGUCUCUUCAAUGCUUUAAGUUUAUUGCUGUUAAAUGUUUCCUGUCUCAUUGGUGGUAUCAUAGAAAUCCUGCUAGGUUUUCUGGUAAUGAGUUUAGAGGCGCCAUGCUGUUUCUUCUGUAUAGAUUAUGUCGGGCAAUUGGCUGAUAUUGCCGAUUCAAGACCCAUGUGGAAUCGUGCGGCAUUGUAUUGUGUAGCAUCUGUGAUUCCAGUAGUUAUUUGCUUCUCAUUGGGUAGUUUAUUCCCAUGUGCUUUGGUAUUUGCUACCGGUGUUAUUUAUGGCAUGAUGUCUCUGGGCAAAAAGGCUUCACGUGAGGACAUGGCCGCUGCUGCCUCCUCUCCCACACAAAUGCAAGCCGAUGGUAGUGUUGGACAAAUGCAAGUGAGCACAGAUCAAAAUAUUACACUAAUGGAAGAUCCUGAUGUAUGGCGCCCAACAUAAAUGCAUUAAA